UGCUGCUCUGCCUCUAUAUAAGACAGAGCAGAGGCGCCUCUCAGACCAGACUCAGCUCCUCUCUGUCCUCCAGCACACGGCUGCUCCUCUCUCUCUCUGUCCAUCUCUUUCCUUCUGCCUCUGCAUCCAUCCAGCUGGGAUCCAGUGAGGGAACCAUGAAGACUCUGCCUGCUGUUCUGUUCCUGGUGCUGCUCUGCUCUGUGCAGCUCGUCUACAGCAAUAUACCAAGUCUUUCUGAUUCUUGUUGUGUGGAUUAUUACAACAAAAGGAUCCCACUGAAUCAGAUUGUCUCCUUCUACGAGACCAGCAGCAGCUGUCCUAAAAGAGCAUUAGUGUUUGUUACCAAGAGAAACCAGCACUUCUGUUUAAAUCCAGAGGAGGCCUGGGUCAGUAACCAUGUCAGUAAGCUGAACAACAGGAAGAGCACUGCCUCACAACAGCAUCCACAAAAACAGCUGAGACCAUCAGUACCAGGUACUUCGCCGGCGUACCCGCUGAGGGACGAUCUUCCCGGGAUUCCCAGGAUGAUCCCGGCGAAUUUCGUGUUCUGCGACCCCAGCCUGUACUGA